GCGGGGCGGCUCGGCGAGUCCGGAGCGGAGCCGCGUCCUCCCCGCAGGCGCGCUCGUCGCUCCCCGCGCGGCCCUCGCGGCUUUCCCCCGGCGCGCUCGUCGCUCCCCGCGCGGCCCCCCGCACUUUGCCCCGCGGGCGCGCGUUGGAGAAUGCCGGAAAGAUGGCGGUAGCGGCGGGGCCGGCCGGCGGGGGCGGCCGCGCGCCGCGCAGCGGGCUGCUGGAAGUUCUGGUGCGGGACCGCUGGCACAAAGUUCUGGUGAACUUGGGCGAGGACGCCCUGCUGCUGAGCUGCGAGGACGGCGCGGCCAACGGCCUCGGGGCGGCCGCCGGAGCCUCGUCCCGCCGGGGCGCGGGGCCCGCGGAGGCGGCCGCCGGGGUCCGCACCGCCUUCACCGACCCGCCCGAGCGGGUGCCCGAGGCCGUGUGCAGCCAGAAGCGCGGCGUGAAGGUGCUGAAGCAGGAGCUGGGCGGGCUGGGCAUCAGCAUCAAGGGCGGCAAGGAGAACAAGAUGCCCAUCCUCAUCAGCAAGAUCUUCAAGGGGCUGGCGGCUGACCAGACCCAGGCGCUCUACGUGGGCGACGCCAUCCUCUCGGUGAACGGCGCCGACCUGCGCGACGCCACCCACGAUGAGGCGGUGCAGGCGCUGAAGCGCGCGGGCCGCGAGGUGCUGCUGGAAGUGAAGUACAUGCGCGAGGCCACCCCCUACGUGACCAAGGGCUCGCCGGUGUCCGAGAUCGGCUGGGAGACCCCGCCGCCCGAGUCCCCGCGGCUCGGGGCCGGCGCCCCGGACCCGCUGGCGUCGCAGCCGCCGUCCUUCCACCGAGACCGGAGGAGCAUCCCGCUCAGGAUGUGCUUCGUCACCCGCAGCCUGGCGCUGGCUGACCCCGAGAGCAGGCAGCUUGAAAUCCACUCUCCAGAUGCUAAGCACACCGUGGUCCUGAGGGGCAAGGACUCCGCCACGGCCCAGGCCUGGUUCAGUGCCAUCCACGCGACCGUCAGUGACCUGCUGACCCGCGUGAUCGCAGAGGUCCGGGAGCAGCUGGGCUCGACGGGCCUUGCUGGGGGCCGGGAGAUCAGGCACCUUGGCUGGCUUGCAGAAAAGGUGCCUGGGGACAGCGAGAAGCGGUGGAGGCCAGCCCUGGUUGUACUGACGGAGAAGGACCUUCUUAUUUACGAUAGCAUGCCACGGAGAAAGGAAGCCUGGUUCAGCCCAGUUCACACGUACCCACUUCUUGCCACCAGGCUGGUCCAUUCCGGUCCAGGAAAGGGAUCACCCCAGGCCGGUAUGGAUCUGUCUUUUGCAACGCGAACUGGCACCCAGCAGGGGAUUGAAACGCAUCUCUUCAGGGCCGAGGUCAGCAGGGACCUCUCACACUGGACACGGAGCAUAGUACAGGGGUGCCACGACUCGGCGGAGCUCGCUGCAGAGAUCAGCACAGCUUGCACGUACAAAAACCAGGAGUGCCGACUGACCAUACAUUAUGAGAAUGGAUUUUCGAUUACCACUGAACCACAGGAGGGUGCUUUCCCCAAGACAAUCAUACAGGCUCCUUAUGAAAAGCUGAAAACGUCUUCAGAUGAUGGAAUCAGGAUGCUGUAUUUAGAUUUUGGAGGCAAAGAUGGAGAGCUUCAACUGGACCUGCACUCCUGCCCCAAGCCGAUUGUUUUCAUCAUUCAUUCCUUCCUGUCAGCUAAGAUUACAAGACUGGGGUUGGUGGCCUGAGCAGGGGAGUGAAUUACCUCUGAGCAAAGGAGGCUUCGCUGCCCCCAAAACAGCGUCGUGUCGGACAGCAUUCGCAGUGACCACCAGAUGCGGCAUGUCGGCUUCAGACCCCGAGUCCCACGUAGCAGUGCCCGGCUUCUGUCAGUUUCCACAGCUAUAAAGGGUACCCUCAGAAAACACCGCAAGGACUGUCAGAAUGAAACGGUUUUUUUAGCACAGUAAAAGGGUAGAGCGGUGAGGCUGAUUGGAAAUACACAGCACAGCUCUUAGAUAAUGACAAUCAAGGACAUGCUACUGAAACAGCAUGUGCAGCUCUUAAGCAUACAGUUUCUAGGCAACUGGUUCACCUGCUAAGCCAGGGCUGAACAGAUGAGAAAUGGACGUUUUCCACCAACCCCCCCAACCCCAGGAGUAAGGACCCCUCGUUUUACUGUGGCCCAUUUCCUACUUCUGAGUUGACUUCCACUGGUCAGGAAAGGACUCAAAUGGAAACCCACCUUUUAUUUAAGUAUGAAACAGCUGUUACUUUUUCUUAAUGAAUUACCUUUCAGUGAUGUAGAAGGAUUCUGCAGUGUUCUCAUGAGCAUAUGAUGAGUGGGAAUUAACACAUCAGAUACUUAUCUGAGCUGUAAGCCAGUAGAUUCUGAGCCAGAGUAGACUGCUUAAAUUGCAAAGCUUUGCUGAAGAGUGGUUUGCAUGAAAGAAUUAAUUCUGGGACUACACUUAUACCAAGGCCUGCUAUUUUAGAGCCAUGACUUAGAGCUUUAUUUAUAGAAAGCAAAUUAUGGAUUUUUUAAAAAAGAUUGUCAUUUGAGAUAUAUAUAUAAUAAUUCACGGGGGGUUAACUUAUACCCAUUUUGUGGUUUUCAGUGGAAGCGCUGAGCAAUGUAUUGGCCCUUAUUUCUGCCUGUGCUGUAUGCAUGCAUUUUCAAGCAAGUAAUAGAGCCUUAUAUGAUUCUGUUUAAUACUGGGUUUUACAUAGCCAGUGUUAUAACCAAACCCAUGAAUAGCACUCACAGCUCUUUUGGAAUUCCAGGGAAAUAAUACAAUGACCUGAUAUUUUUCUACAAGAAUAUUUUCAGACAGCAUAGUGAAGUCACUCAAUCGUGUCCGACUCUUUGCGACCCCACGGACUGUAGCCUACCAGGCUCCUCCGUCCAUGGGAUUUUCCAGACAAGAGUACUGGAGUGGGGUGCCAUCUCCUUCUCUAGAGGAGCUUCCCGACUGUAGGCAGACGCUUUACUGUCUGAGCCACCAGGGAGGUGCCAGACAGCACAGUCUUAUUGAUUUAACACUUUUGCUUUUAUCUUUCAGAACACAGUCACUGAAAACAACCUGUUAUUUGAUUUUAAAGUCACUUGCCUCAAAUCUUGAAAAUUAGCUCUAGAAUUUCUGUAUUUGCAACACUUCUCUCCUCUGUAGUUUACACAGACAAAUGUUCCAGGUUAGAUUUGUGUGUCUUUUCAGAGAGCUAUGCAGAAAGAUUUAAAAAGUGAUUUUGUUCACUCAGAAUCAUGUGUUUAUGGAGUUUUACUUUAGAUCAGCAUUUUGUUUUAGAUAGGUGUUUCCCCAGAGUAAUACAAGUAACAUUAAUUCAAGUUCCAAAGGGUAUUGAUUGAAUGGUAUUUUGUGUAGAGGGAAAUAAAAGGGUUAGUAAUCAAAAACUGUUUGUUAUAUACUGCAUUAAAAAAUGUUAAACAGAGUUCAUGGUUGCAGCCCUCUUCACAAAGACUUUAUUGCAUAUUGCAGUUCUGCAGGGGAAAUGAUCCGAACACACAGGGAUGAUCCUAUGUCAUUCCUAACACGUCUACAGAACUACUUUCUAAGACAUCUUAUGAAACUAGUGUUUAAACACACACACACACACACACACACACACACACACACACCAAAACAAUCACU